CGAUGAGAUAUAUCGCGGAGAUCACAGAUGUAACGCAACGACGUCGAGUACCAAGUCGAGCGAGAGAAAUACCGUGAAUAUUCAGUGCUACCGGCACUGAUUUCGCCUGGUUCUGCGUUAUCUGGUUUUCCCCGGUCACGCGUCAGUCGUAUCGUAUUUUUUCAAUUUCUACUGCGACUCGACGUCAUUCAGUACUUGUGCAAGCUUCAAUGAUCGCGUUGCGUUGCUCUGUGUCAUAAGUUCAUAAGUGAACUCCCAGUGCAUCUUGCGUUUAGUGAUUCUGCGAGUGAGAUAUUUACACGUCAGCGGUCCACUUUUGGUAACGAAGAUCGUCGACCUCAUUGAACCGUAUUUUUGGACACGACGGAGGAUCUCGGGUUGCGUCCAGUGAAAUUGUUGACAUCUGGACUUUCACCAGAAUAACGAAAUAUGCGAUACUUCCUGCUGCUUCUUCUGAUAAGCGUGAUUGUCCACGUGUCAGUCGCACCGCCGGUUAAUCAGAAAACCAAAGACAAUGAAAAUGACGUGGAAGAAGAGGAAGAAAUGGCAGACAUGGAAUAUCGUAGAUACCUGAUGGAAGUGGUUCAAGCAUUGGAGACUGAUCUCGACUUUAAAGCGAAACUGGAAAAGGCGGAUGAAUCAGAAAUACGAACAGGGAAGAUAGCCGAUCAAUUAGAAUUCGUGAACCAUAACGUCAGAUCGAAAUUGGAUGAGAUCAAGAGGGAAGAAUUAGAGAGAUUAAGACAUUUCGCCACAAAAGAGAACGAGUUGAAGAAUGGUUUCGACUUGAGAAUGCCCGAGCACUUGGAUCACACUAAUACGCGAACGUUCGAGAUUCAGGAUUUGAAGAAAUUAAUUGCCAAGACUACCAAGGAUCUGGCGAGAGCUGACAAAAAGAGAAGGGAACAAUUUAAACAGCAUGAAAUGGAGAGAAAGUACGAAGAACAAGAGAAAUUAAAACAUAUGAACGACGUAGACAAACAAAAGUAUGAACAAGAAUUGCAGGCAAUGAAAGAGAAGCAUAAACAGCACGAGCCUGUGCAUCAUCCGGGAAGUAAGCAACAAUUGGAGGAAGUAUGGGAGAAGAGAGAUCAUAUGGAAACCGAGGAUUUUAAUCCGAGAACAUUCUUUUAUCUCCAUGAUUUGGACGGUAAUGGGGUUUGGGAUCAAGACGAAGUGAAAACCUUGUUCUUGCAAGAAUUGGAUAAACUUUAUGCUCAGGGAGCGCCCCAAGAAGAGCUACUGAAACGAGUCGAGGAGAUGGAAAGGAUGAGGGAACACGUGUUCAAUGAAGCUGAUCUCAAUAAAGAUGGUCUCAUUAGCUACGAAGAAUUUGUGGAGCAAACGAAGAAGCCAGAUUUCCAACGGGACGAGGGAUGGCAGCCGCUGGACGAGCAACAAAUAUAUACGCAAGAGGAGUACGAAGCGUUUGAACGACACAAGCAAGAAGAAAUACAAAAACUAAUCGCCAAAGGAAUUCAACCACCACACCCAGGUAGUUUACCUGCACAAGCCGACCUGUUCCCGCCGCAAGUCGCGCCGGUUGGAGGACAAGUGAAUCCGAACGUUCAACAUCAACAACAAUAUCAGAAUCCACAGUAUCAUCAACAGCCGCCAGUCGUUCAACAACAGAUUUACGAGAGACCCAUUCAAAUAGAUCCACAGCAGCAGCAGCAGCAGCAGCAGCAACAACAACAACAACAACAACAACAGUAUCAGCAGCAGCAACAACAACAAUAUCAGCAGCAACAACAGUAUCAGCAGCAACAAGUGCCUGUUCAGCAGAUGCACGUCGUGCCUCAACAACAGUACCCAGGUCAUGUUCAGCAGCAAGGCCAAGCGCAACAGGUUCAUCCUCCAGCUACGAAUUUCCAGCAACAAAACGUAGCGAACGAGAUACAGCAAAACGCUGGAGCGAACGCGCAGCAAAAAAGUAAUCCGAGUCAAUUGAACGUGCAAGCCGCGCAGCUCCCAGCGCAGCAAGAUAACAGAAACAGCAUACCAACGAACGAGAAGGUAUAAUUUCCGUUCUCAAGGUAAUACGUGACACGAAUAUUCGUCUUCGAUUUGCAAAGAAAAAAAAGGAGUAUCCGAUUUCGUCUCUCGCAUCUUUCUUCCUUACCGUUUAUCUCAUCGAUGGCAUCUCCACACAAUCGUAUGCUAAUGUCGCGUCCGUCAUGAGGAAGACUGGCCAAUUUAUUUAUCAUGGAAUGUAAAUAAAACUGUUUCCAAGAAAAGCAAA